UUUUAUUUCAAAUUUAAUUGCUAAAACAAAUUGUACUCAUACGCAUUCUGUUAACGCUUUCCUAGUAAAUUUAUAUUUAAAAAAUCAACAAUAAUAAAAGUAGCCAUAAAUCACUGCAAUUAAAUACAAAUAACUAUUAUAUUUAUAUUUAAAAAAUAUAAAAGCUCACAAAACAAAAUAUAAACAGUUUUUAAUUGUGAAUUGUCUGUCGAUCAGGUUACAACCAACUACAAAUCCAAAUAAAAAAUCAAGUAAAUUGAAAAUAAAAUGUUGCUUCUAAAUUUUGCAAUAUUUUUAAUAAUGUUAACUAGUGUAAAAUGUGACUUAUGGAAAGUGCCCACUGCAAUUGAUAUACAAGCAGCUGUUGAAGCAUGUGAAAUAUCCAACGAAUACUUUCUUAAUGCACAAGAAAACUAUGACAAUGAUUCCGAUGAUAUUAGAUGCUUUACAAAGCAAUUGGGUUUAUGGACAGACGAAGAAGGUUUCCAAGCAAAACGUCUUAUAAAGUUGUUGAACAAAUAUCAACAACCCAUAGAAAUUGUAGUGGUAAUUGGUUAUUGCAACCGUUCUCACAAACAAAUCAACAACCCGGACAAAUGGGCCAAUGAAGCCUAUCAGUGUUUUGCCAAAGGACGCAUUGGACAGUGGAUUAAUGAAUACGUCAAAAAUGUUUACAAAAAUAAAAUAACAACAAAAUAAACACAUAAAAUUUUUAAUACACAAGUUAAA